UUCCCUGAAGGUGGUGGGGCAAUGAAGGAGAAAGCCACUCCAGAAUUGGGUCAUGACUACACGACCAAGCCCCUGGGGAGCAUAGAGGGCUCCCUGUCCUCCAGCCUCUCUAGCAUGGACCUUCAGCUCUGUCAAGAUCACCAGGUCUACUCAGCCUGUAGGCCACCUCUGGACACUGUGGAAACCCAUGGCCCAUCCCCUGGCAGCUGGCUGUGCCCCGUCCCACUGACGUGUCCUCAGAGCCGGGACCUAUACCUGUGUACCCUGCAACCCGCAGCCGUGGGUACACCCUCACAAGGGCCUGGAGAAGAUUCUUUUAUCACAAAGUGCCAGAUGCUGGGGCUACUGGACAGCUCCGCAGAUGAGAGGCUCACAGAUAACACAGAUGCUCAGAUUAUGGACAAGAUGGACAGACAGCUGGAAGGAGCUGGCGAGAGGAACCCCUGCUCAUCCUCUCCCCUUCACAACAGCCCUUCCCCACCCCCUUGGCAGAACAGAACCAGCCUUAGCCCCAUGGCUUUCUGCUCUCCCUUUCUUCCUGCUCUCCUCUCCAAAGACCCCCCAUUUUGCUUCCCCCCCUUCUAUUCAACCUACCCACUUUUCCUGCCUCCCCCGUACCUGUUUCCCUAUAGGGCCUUACCACCUGUCCAAUGUACCCCCCUCUUCAUGCUGUCCCAAGACACCUCCCAUCCCACCGUGGCUACACCCAGCUUGCUGAGGGCUGUCAGUGAACCUGGGCACCACAGUGUCCAGGGGGAGCCCUUGCUUCCCCACCUAGAGAUCUAUCAAGCCUUAUGUCAACCACAGCCAUCCCAGGUCCAGGAUGCAGGCCCUGGAGCUGCCAGGAGCUACUUGCCUGAGCUGGAGCAUAAUAUCAGUGGGGCUCCAGCAAAGCGGGCCCACCCAGGCUCCCGGGCAGUCACCACAGUGUUGCCUUACCCACUGAAGAAAGAGAAUGGCCGGAUCCUCUAUGAGUGUAACGAGUGCGGCAAGAGCUUUGGGCAGCUGUCCAACCUCAAGGUUCACCUGCGCGUACAUAGUGGAGAGCGCCCGUUCCAGUGCACCCUGUGUCUGAAGAGCUUCACCCAGCUUGCCCAUCUGCAGAAGCACCACCUGGUGCAUACUGGAGAGCGGCCCCACAAGUGCCCGAUGUGCCACAAACGCUUCAGCAGCUCCAGCAACCUCAAGACCCACCUACGUCUGCACUCAGGGGCACGGCCCUUUCAGUGCAGCCUCUGCCCGAGUCGCUUCACACAGUACGUUCACCUGAAGCUGCACCACCGACUGCACACCCCACAGCACCAUCGCUUAGCUUACACCCACUUGCCCCUGGCUUCUCUCACCUGUCUUACCCAGUGGCACCAAGAGGCACUUGAUUUUGUGGCGGCACCAUCGAAGAGACAGAUGGCGAGCUGGACUAUGGACAAGGUCAAGGUGUCCUUAGCAUCCCAGGGAAAGCCGGAGCUGCCCGCCUGAGGAGAGCUGAUAGGAUCUGCUUUAGGCAGAAGCAGGGGCAGAGUCAUUAAAAGAUCUUCUCUAUAAUGGGGCUGGGUGGUGAUGCAUCUGGUAGAGCAUGCCUGUUGCCAUGCUAUAGGACCCAGGUUCAAGCCCCUAGUCUCCACCUACAGGGGCAAAUUUCAGGAGGGUGAAGCAGUGUUGCGGGUGUCUUUCUUUCUCUCUCUUUCUCUCCUUCCCUCUCAAUUCCUA